ACCGACCACCGCUUUCGUUUUGUUGAAUCAACGUGAAAACUGUGAUCGAAUUUUCGCUCGGAAAAAUAUCCCGCAAAUCUCAGUGAAAACCGUUCGGUUCUGCAUGAAAGUAGUGAAAUAACGUUGCCUGCACCGAUCAGCGUGUGAAUAAAGUGAAAUUUGCUGGUUUCGAGUGUGAUUUGGUGUGAAAAAUUGAUUGGGAAGAUUGGAAUCGGUUUUCGCCUCUUCUUCUUGUUUGUGUUGGCUGCUCGCGCGAGUGUCGCGGCGAGGUUAUGUUCGCGCGUUUUCAUCAUUGACAGUUCGGUCAGUGUUGUGAUUGAAGUGGCGACGGAGAAAUCAAAACAAAACGUGAAAUCGAUCGCGAAUAAUUUUCUGUUUCGGAAGAGUUUUGAUUUAGCCGGGUGAUCAUGUUUGGCCCCAAGCAGGGAGGAUUUGGCCAAACGAAUGCUGCGGCUGGUUUCGGGACGUUCGGUACCACCGCUGCGACGGCCAGCCCGUUUGGCCAGGCGAGCACUUUCGGAAAGCCAGCGACGACGGGGGCCUUUGGGGCUACGCCCGCUUUUGGCCAGCAGGCGACCCCUUCGCUGUUUGGACAAACGCAACCCGCCGCGGGUGGGCUGUUCGGUGCGAGUACUACGGCGGCACCCGCUUUCGGUGCUCCGGCCACCACCCAGUCCGGGUUCGGAGCUUUCGGUCAGCCGCAACAGCAAACCACGUCGCUGUUUGGAACACAGAAUAAUACGGCUCCGACUACUUCCCUGUUCGGAAGCAAUAAUAACAAUUCGGCAUUUGGAGCGGCCAAGCCGGCUGGAUUCGGAGGAUUUGGUCAACCGGCAGCGCAGACAUCGCUUUUCGGCCAAGCCAGCACCAGUCAGACUACGACCGGGGGAUUCUUCGGACAAACGGCUCAAAGUGGAGGACUUUUUGGAGCACAGAAACCGGCAUUUGGGGCUACGGCUCCCAUCGGCGCUGGGAAUGGAACGGCGGUGGCCAAAUACCAGCAGACGGCGUCGACAGAUACGCUGGUCAAGAAUGGACAAACGACCACGGUUCAGACCAAACAGCAUUGUAUCACUUUCAUGAAGGAGUACGAGAACAAAUCGGUGGAAGAACUGCGGAUUGAGGAUUACCAAGCGAAUCGCAAGGGACCUCAAGCUGGUGCCGCAGGAGGAUUCUUUGGUGCAACUCCAGCGGCCACACCGUUUGGAGCACCAGCCACACAGCCCCAGUCAUUGUUUGGACAGACUACGACGUCUCAACCGAGCACGGGACUCUUCGGAAGUACCACAAACACAUUCGGACAGUCCACGGCGCCGGCCUUCGGAUCGACACAAGCGACUGCCUUCGGGAAACCAUUCGGAACUACGGCCACAACGACUAGCUUUGGAUUUGGUCAGACGAACACCAGCACUCUGGGAGGGCUCACAGCCAACAAACCGGCAUUCGGAACCCCAACAACUGGACUAUUCGGUCAGACUGCUGCCCCAGCUGCGAACACCUUCGGCCAAUCCACUUUCGGAGGUUUCGGUGCCCAGAGCCAGACUCAGCCGGCCGGUGGAUUGUUCUCGGGUACUACCACCAGCACUGCUGGAGCUACCCCGUUCGGAGGAUUAGGGACACAAACCACGCAGACCGGAUUCGGAUUCGGAGCUACCACGGCGACCAACACCACCGGAGGAGGUCUCUUCGGCGCUAAGCCGGCCAGCACCUUCGGAACCAUUCAGAGCCCCUUCGGACAAACCCCGGCUUCGACGGCGCCAACUUUCGGAGGAUUCGGCACAACCACCAACACCGGGGGCUCCCUGUUCGGAAGUACCUUCAACAAACCGGCAGCUCCAGCCUUCGGUCUGAACACCGCCACCUCGACGGGAACCUUUGGAGGCGGCUUGAACUUUGGCACCGGAUCCGGGUCCCUCUUCGGAAACACUGCUAACAAACCCGGCGGUCUCGGCACCGGAACUGGCCUAUUUGGCAACACAUCCACUCUCGGAGCGGGAACCGGAGCCUUUGGAACCCUCGGUACUUCCGGUUUCGGCGCGGGACUUGGAACCAACACCGGAAUGGGCAUGGCCGGACAACCCGCUCAAGCCGCAGUGCCCAUCCAUCAGCAGAUCCUCGCUAUGGUCACUUCUCCAUACGGCGACAAUCCCAUAUUCAAGGAUAUCAAACCUCUGACCGGAGCCACAGCAGAAUCCCUAAAACCGACCAACCCAACAGCCCAAAAGGCCAUCCUCGAAGGCGCCAAUCAGCAGUUCAAAGUCUCGCCCAAAGUCACCGGAAGCGGCGUCCGAAUUAAACCCGUCGGAGCUGCCACUCUCUCCAAAAAAUCCCUCUUCGAAGGCCUCGAAGAGUACGACAGCACCCUCGAAGAAUCUUUCUCUCUCAAACCGAACGCCAAACGGCUCAUCAUCAAACCGAAAGCGUCCACUCCAACGAUCACGAUUCCGAAUCGCCUACCAACCUCCGCCAACGAUUCCACCGCCGUCAAGGACGAUCCAACCGCCAAAGAAUCCUUCCGCAACCAAAUUCCGGUCAAUCCAGUCGAACCGCAAUCCGCCGGCCAGGACACCAGCCGGCGCGUUUCCUGGCUCCAGUCGAACGCCCUGGACAAAGUCCGGCAGAGCAAUCGCCUUUCGGAAUCGGUGCUGGACACGACCAUCAAAGAGUUCGCACCGUCAUCGUCAGCCGCGCAGUCUGCGGCGUCGUCUCUAGCCGCAGCCGCCAAGGACCAGAACCUAUCGCUGGAUUCCGGUUCAUCGCCCACGGGAUCCACCGGAUCGUCACAGCAAGGUGCCGGCGCCGCCUCCGGUGGUGGUCUGGGAGGAAAAGGCGAAGCUGGUGCAGGAAGUUCGCCGAUCCAGCUGAACGAUUCGCUGCUUUCGUCCAGCAAUCGGUCGUUCCUGAAUGACACCACGGCGAAUGCGACCGGGAUUGGCGAUUUGUCGUUGAUAUCCAACAGCAUCCAGGAGGAGGUGGAACCGCACCCGACGGGAAUCGUGCUGCGGCGGCCGGGCUAUUACACCAUCCCUUCGUUGGACGAAAUCCUACAGCUGAUGGACGCGGAAGGCCGUUGCGUGGUAUCGAACUUCACCAUUGGCCGCAAGGGUUACGGCAACGUAUACUUCAACGAACCGAUCGAUGUCGCCAAUCUGAACCUGGACGAAAUUGUCCACUUCCGCCACAAGGAGGUGAUCAUCUACCCGGACGAUGAGAACAAACCGCCGGUGGGACAGGGUCUCAAUCGGAAGGCUCAAAUCACGCUGGACCAGGUGUGGCCGCACGACAAAACGCUGCACGAACCGAUAAAGGAUCCCCACCGGUUGGCCCUGAUGGAUUACGAGGGAAAGUUGAGGCGGGUGUGCGAUAAGUGUGAUACCAGAUUCCUGGAGUACCGACCGGACACCGGAAGUUGGGUCUUCAAAGUGGACCAUUUCUCGAAGUAUGGGCUAAGCGAUAGCGAUGAGGAUGAGCCACCGGUCGAUCCGAAGAAGGCGAAGAUGAUCGGCGUCGAGGAUGAUAAGCUCGGAAAGGAGAAGGGGGCGAUUCCAAAGAAGCCGAUGGGAGCGACCGGGUUGAUCGCUAGGGAAAAGGUUCUGGGUCAAGAGGAUCUGAGCUACUCGAUGAUCGCCCAUGACUCGUUGGCGCCAACUAGUCCAACAGCGGCGUUGGCCCUUGGAAUGGGCACGGAUUCGCACAAAUUGCAGCUGAUGAAGGCUUCUUUUUUCGUGGAUGAUGAUUACGACCGGAGAUCUAUGAUAUCGGACAUGACCGACGGCGGAAGGGACAGUCCAGACCAAAUGGUUCCCAACAAGCCAUAUUUCGGACUGGGAAGGACCAUGACGAGCAGUUUGUACAUGAGGGCUGAGUCCCCCAAAGUGGUAGAAGCUGAAUCCAUGCAGAUGGAUGACUUCGUCAAUCCCGCGACCUUGUUCACCACUUCCACGAGCAAGAACUUCCAGGAGCAACAGAAACUCAAGCAUGCCCAAAUCGCGGAAAUUCCUCGUCCUAUAGGACCAAGGUCGCUCCCUUUGAUUCUGAAGCCCAAAGUGGAACUGGUUCACUCGAAUAACAUCGUAAUUCCACUGCAAAAAUCCGUACUAGCUCGUUUCCUGAACAACAAAUCCGACCUGGCCUUCUUCCACGGGCGCAAGUUCAAGGUCGGCUGGAGUUUCCCGUCCUCGCUGGUCCAGCUGAACACGGUCGAAAACUGCGCCACCCUGCUGAAAAAGGACGAACCGAUGCCCCUUGGCGAUCUGCACAGGUUCUUCGCGGGUCGCACUGCCCGGGAUUACUCCCCGGCAGCACUGCAAAUGCUUCGCAUUCGAUCGUCCGCGGAGAUACCCCAGUUCGCCCGAACCGUCGAAGAGCAUCUGAGGAUUCAACUGAAGUACGACACGGCGCGGAAGGUUCCCGGAAGCGAUUGUCCGCAUUACGUCGCCGGAGGAAAGCAUGCGGCGCUCGCGGAUCAUCUCGAGACGUCCAGGCGGAUUGCCAGCGGAGGAGACUUGGAUCCGGCCGGUUUUGAAGCGCUUUGCGUGGAAGUUUGGUCGCUCUGUGCCGCCCUGUGGGGUGCCCGUGAGGAGCUGGAAGACGUCGAGGAAAGUGCCCACAUGAGCAUCAUGUUCCGUCGCGAUCUGUUCUCCGAGUGGAUCGAGGAAGUGGUCACCGAUCUGUCUGCUAGGGAGGUGACCGCUGCCCUCAAAGGCAAAAAACAGGACUAUCUCGAUCAACUGCUGGAACUGAUCUGCACCCACAAGGUCCUGGAUGCCUGUGAGUUGGCCUUCGAGAACAACGACAUCAACCUUUCGAUGCUGCUGGCGCAGAUCUCCGGAGGUCCAACGGUUCGGCAGCUGGUGCAGCAUCAGCUGAGCUCCUGGCAAGACGUGGAAGCGGACAAAUUCAUCGAUCCUCGUCGGUUGAAGAUCUUCAUGUUGAUCGCUGGAAUUCCAUUGCUCUCCUCAUCUCAUGGAGCCAUCAACAUUUUCGAAAAACUCGGUUGGCUGAAAUCCAUGGCCCUGCAUCUCUGGUACCUUUGCUCUCCAACGGCCUCCAUCACCGAUGCCCUUAUCAACUACGAAAAGUCCUUCGGAUCCAGUGAUUUCUUCGCCCUUCCACCAACCCCAGCUUAUACCUCCCGCGUCAAACUGGAUAGCUCCAAACCCAUCCAAGACAUCCGGUUUCACCUUCUCAAGCUCUAUUCCAAGCGGUCCCACCCCUUGGAAUCGCUGCUGAACCCAGCCACCCACACCCCAGAUCCCCUGGACUUCCGCCUAUCUUGGUUCCUGCUGCAGAUCCUGGAAACGCUCGGCUAUCACCACUGCUCGGAACUGUCCCGAAGCCAACUGCACGUCUCCUUUGCCAGCCAGUUGGAAAACCACGGCCUAUGGCAUUGGUCGAUCUACGUCCUGCUGCAUCUCAACGACAAAUCACGGCGCGAACUGGCCAUCCAGGACCUGCUGUAUCGUUACAUUCAACUGUCGUCCUCGGAACAAGAGGACCAGGAUCAGGAGGAUGAGGACGAGGAGUACCGCCAACGAGAGCAGUUCAUCGUCGACGAGCUGGGCAUUCCGGAGAGCUGGAUCUUCUGGGCCAAGGCUGUGCGGGCCGGAGCCCAAUUCGACUACCAUCGGCAGGCGCGUUUCCUGCUCAAGGCCAAGCAGUGGUCCCAGGCGCACGAAGUCAUCAUGGAGCACAUUGCGGCCGACUGCGUGAUCAAUGAUGAUAUCCCUUAUCUGAAGUCAUUGUUGAAUGAGUUCGAGGAUGUGAAGCAAAUCUCCAACUGGUCCAUCAAGGGUCAAAUCCUGAAAGACUUCAUCGAGUUGAACGAGAAGUUCGACCUGAUCCGGGACGCCAUCGACGACGAGGUGGCCGAAGCGCGACUCGAGCAGCUAAAACCCAAACUGUCCGACCUCUGCUCGGUGAUCAAAAUGUUCCCCUGUCCGACGCCGAAGCAUCGCCUGUGCCAGAGCGAAAUCGCCCAACGGCUGGCGUUUCUGAUACGGUCGUUCUUCGCGCAGGAUCCCCGCAUCAACAGCUGUGCGCUGAUGCGAAGUGCCCUGGAGAAGCUGCCGCUGCCGCAGGAGUACGCCAAGGAGGAACUGCGGCACAUGCUGAGUGCGUUUCUGGCGGAGGACCUCCGGAAGCAACAGCAGUAGAUAAGACGGCGGGUCGCACCCGUGAAGUUUUAAUCCUAGGAAUCACAUCGACUAUCGAGAGUAAGACAACCCAAAUUAUACAAGUUAGAACGGAACAGAGUAUUUUCUAGCAACCCUAUCACUUUAUUCACUUGUUGAGGCAACAAUAUAAAUAACUAUCUACACACAAUGCAACUGGUUAUCGAUUUAUAAGCACACAUAUAUGGUUAUACGUGUGAAUACACGGGACAGUCUAAUAACUUCUAUCUUAUUAUUGCAAACGUAAGUGUACAACAGUUGGAAAUGAGAUAAAGUCUACAACUAACUCUAUGACAUCGUUAUCAGUUUGUUUAUGUUGUGUAUGAGUUAUCUAAUUUUGAGAGAACAAUUUGGAAAUACUUCGGGAGUGUGUAAACAGCAAAUUAUAGUUGAUUUUUGAAUUAAUAGCUUUAAGCCUGUAGGUGUAUAUUAAGAUAAUUUGGAGCAAAAAGAUAUCCAAACUAAAAGUAAUGAAGCUAA